AUGGCUCAAAAUUCGUCCCUCACACCCACCAAGACCUACCGAAGUCAAAAGAAGGCAAAAUGCUUUGACUGUGAAUCGAACACAGGACCUUCAGAUCUUCAGUCUGACGCUCUCCCAACUGAGCUAUCAAAGCAGAGUUAUUUAUUUAGCUGGAUACAUAACCAAAGUUUUUAUCUACAAAGCCAACAAUACAAGAUGAUGCAACCUUCAAGAGCUGUCAUCAGCAAGUGUAACCAAGUGUUGGUUACUUUUUCCAUGGAUGCCUCUUCUGCUGCCAAUGGUUUUGCUGUAAUGUGGUACUGGCUGUUGUCCAUGGCGACUUUGCUUCCUUGUUCUGCACUGAUGCUAUCUAGCUAG